UCUCAGUGUUUUAUUUACAUCAUUAUCUAAUAUCUUGUAUUCUUCCUAAGGCUUUCCUAACUUGUUUAGAUAAAACACAAAUCACAACUACAGUACAACACUAUUCAUUCAAGCUGUACAGUUUGUUCUUGUAAAUUACCUUUAUUUUAAUGCAAAUUGAGUAACUACCCUUAUUUUUUAUUAAAUAUUUGAUUCAACUAAGUUACGGUUACCAAAUAAUUGCUGAUUGCUAUGGACCUAAUUCAAGCUGUAAAAUUAUAUAUAAUUAAGAUGACUGAAGACUGUGGUCCUGGAAUGAAAGUACUACUUAUGGACAAAACCACUACAAGUAUUGUUAGCGCAGUUUUUAGUCAGUCAGAAAUUCUUCAGAGAGAAGUUUAUUUAUUUGAACAACUAACAUCAACUAGUAGUUCAGACAGCAUGUAUCAUAUGAAAUGUAUUACGUUCUUACGGCCAACUAGAGAAAAUAUAUCUUUGUUAUGUAAAGAGUUACGUAAUCCUAGAUACGGUUAUUACUAUAUAUAUUUCAGUAAUAUAAUUUCAAAAACUGACAUCAAGACAAUUGCUGAAAGUGAUAUCCAAGAAGUUGUACGGGAAGUGCAAGAAUAUUAUGCCGAUUACUUAGCAAUAGCCCCUCAUCUUUUUUCGCUCAACAUUCCAUCUUGUGGACAAUGUUUGUCCUGGGAUCCACUUCAGCUUACACGAUCUACUCAAGGAAUUAUUUCUGUUUUAUUAUCAUUGAAAAAAAAUCCAUUGAUACGGUUCCAAGCUUCUUCGAAAAUGAGUAAACAACUUGCUGAAAAAGUCAAAGUAAUAUUUUCAAAAGAAGAAAAUCUUUUCAAUUUGAAGCAAGGUGACAUACAACCACAAUUACUAAUUCUGGAUAGAAGGGAGGAUCCAGUUACCCCACUAUUGAUGCCGUGGUCUUACCAAGCUAUGGUUCAUGAGUUGCUUACUAUAAAUAAUAAUCAAGUGGAUUUAAGUCAUAUUGAAGAUAUAAAACCAGAUCUUCAAAAAGUAUUAUUGUGUGCUGAACAAGAUGAUUUAUACAAACAAAAUAUAUAUAAAAAUUUUGGUGAGAUUGGUGAAAUAAUGAAAUCUUUAAUUGAUGAUUUUAAGUCAAAAGCAAAAAAUCACCAAAAACUUGAUACCAUAUCAGAUAUGAAAGCUUUUGUUGAGAACUAUCCGCAAUUCAAAAAAAUGUCUGGUACCGUUGCUAAACAUGUAAUAAUUAUGGAACAACUAUCGAAUUAUGUUACAAAAAAAAAUCUCUUGGAAGUAUCCGAAUUGCAGCAACAAAUUGCUUGUGAUAUUCAAACUUCUCAACAUACUCAGAAAAUUAGAGAGCUUAUUGAAAAAAAUAUACCGGACGAGGAGGCAAGUAAACUUGUAAUGCUAUACGCGUUAAAAUCAUUCAGCAAGGAUAGUAAUAGGGAAUUAACUAGUUUAAUACAAAUAUUAAAAUCAAAAAAAGUUGCCGAACAUUGGAUAGAGCUUGUACAUGAUGUUAUGAAAUUCCAAAGUAAAAUAAUUUUAGAUAAUGAAAAUACAUUAAAAAAUGCGAAACAAAUAACAAAACGAUUCUAUAAGGACUUGAAGGGUGUUGACAAUAUAUUUACUCAACAUGUUCCACUUUUGAAGGAAUUAGUUGAAGAUUUGAUAAAAUCAAGAUUAAAAGAAGAACAAUACCCAUUCUUAAGUGAUAUAAAUCAACCAACAAAAAAGGUGCAAGAUAUAAUUGUUUUUGUAAUUGGAGGUGUUACAUAUGAAGAAUCAAUGGCAAUAUACAAUCUGAACACAGCUAACCCACAGGUUCGGAUAAUAUUGGGUGGUAGUACGGUACACAAUUCCUCCAGUUUUUUAAAUGAAGUAAAAUUGGCUACAUUUGGAGUGAUUAAGAGCAGAGGUGGAUCUCGAAAGUUAUAAAUUAUUUUAUGAGUAACAAGACAUACUAUAUAUAUUUAUAUUUUUUUUUGAUUGAUACUUUUAUUUAUUUAUUAAUAAAAUUACCUGAUGUUUUUAUGUUUUAUUCAUAUUUAUUAUUUAUUAUUAUGUGCAAUGUAUUUUAAUUUGUGUUAACUUAUUUUUUAUAUGAUUAUUAUUUAUUUAUUACACAAUAUUAGAAUUUUUGUAGUUGCUACUUGCUAUAUCCUAUAAAUUACUAAUAAAAUAAUAAAUUACAACCAAUAAGAUUAUUUUUAGUUUUAUUCGUUAUUAACAGCUCAUAAACCAAACAAUUUUGGAUUCUCGAUAGAAACAAAUAACCCUCAAAAAUUGUUUAAUAAUUUUUAUAUUUUUUAGUUAAUAUUUGCAUGUUAGAUAAAUGCGAGUUGUGCAAAUUAAUCAUUUCAUAUAUACUCUCAUGGUUAUUGCUUACAAUUGUUUGUUAGCACUUGAUGGUCGUUAUCCAAAAACUGUUGUUUUUAAGAAGGGUUUGGAUUUAAAGGCAAUAUAAUCAAUAAAAAAAGGAUUUAAUUUAUAUAAAAAUGAAAUUACAAAAAAAAAUUUACUAAAAAAUUAAAGUUGGUAUAUUUAACUAGUUAGUAUAAAAAAAAAUUCACUACCUUGUACUUAGAUAAACUAUCUUCAGUAAAACGUUCGGGCUCAAAAUAUUUUUGUAUAUAGAAAAUGAUCUUUCUACGUCCACGGAAAUUAUCAGGGCGGACUGACGAACAACUUUGAAUCUAGUAUCUACACAUUAUGAACAUAUUUUAAUCUAUAGAUAAAUAGUAUGAAUACUUUUAUAAACGUUAAGAAGAGGUUGCAACCGCAUGUGUCUCUCCGUCUUACAAAUGUACAAGAUAG